UGGCGGGGGCCGACGUCGGCGCGAGAGGCAGUUCCAUUACCUGGGCAAACGGGCGGUUGUUGCGGUUGGUCUUUUCCCGCCUUUUCCCCCCCCCAGCCUCCGGCGUUGCUGGCGGCGGGUUUUCUCGCGGGCGGUCCACUAUGCUCCUCGCCCCGGCUUCCCGCCACCUCCGUUGAGCGAGACCGAGAAGGGGGGGACCAUGGCCGAUUUCCUGUCGGUGCCGGGGCUGUGCCUGCGCGAGGAGCCGCUUCCCGGGCCCGAGGCGGCCGAGACAGAGGCCGAACUCUCGCUCAGCCUGGCCUUCGCCAAGACGCGCUCGUACGGCAGCACGGCCAGCGUGGCGGCGCCUUUGGCCGAGCGCUACCUGGAGCAUCGCCUCGACCCCAGGGACACCCUGCAGGGCAUCGCGCUCAGAUACGGAGUGACGAUGGAGCAAAUAAAAAGGGCAAAUAAGCUGUUUACAAAUGACUGCAUAUUUCUGAGAAAAACAUUGAAUAUACCAGUUAUAUCUGAGAAACCUUUGCUAUUUAAUGGACUGAACUCACUGGAGUCUCCUGAGAAUGAAGCAAUCAGUAGUCCCCAUUCUUGCGAAGAUGAUCCGGUGACUGUUCAGGAAGACAAGUCUUCACCCAGUCCUCAAGAAUCUGACAAUCACCUUCCACCUGAAGAGUUAUCUGCCAAAGAUUUUCUACACAGACUAGAUUUGCAGAUUAAGCUGUCCAAGCAGGCAGCUAGGAAACUAAAAUCUGAGGAUGUCAGGGAGGAUGAUGAAGAAAAUCCCUAUGCAACUUCUUCCUAUCAGCAAUAGAGGACAAAUGAAGAGCUGGAAUGAAAACAGUUCUUAAAGAACUAAAUAUGUCAAGAUUCAAAAGGAACCCUUUUGGGUUGAUUUAUUCUCGUGUACUUGUUACAAGUCAUGUAUAGAUAAUUCCACUGAUGAUACUUGCACUAAAAUGCUUUUGGACCAUUUGCCUUCUGCAAGUCAGUGUCCUUGUACUAUACAUCAUUAAGGGAAGUAAGCCUUCCAAACUAGUAAUUGCCUUCAUAUUUUUGCUAUGGGAUAGUAGCACAGUAGCACCAAUAUAUCCCAGAGACCACCUUGAUGUAGAGUCUUUAAGAAACUGACAACAUACUUGAGCAUAAGAGAGUUAAUUAAGCAUUUAUGAAGAAAAGUAUUAUUGUGAGCCAUGAGGCAGAUAAACUUGUUGCGCAAAAGUAUCAGAGUUGAUGGAUAUGUGGCCUUGAAUGUUGUAUGUGUGGGAGUGUGCGUAAAUGUGUAUACAGAUACAGAGUGUAUAUAUAGAAAAGAAUUUUUUUGUUUUCCACAAAUGAACCAGUUUUAGCCACCUGUUUUGAGAGAUGGAAAAAAGUUGGGGUUUUAAAGUAGAGAAUAUUGUUUGGAAACUUAACUUUUUUAAAACAAAGAAGAAAAACUUAGUAAAAUGUAUUUUUCUUUGUGUUGGGAUAAUGUUUGAAGCAGCUUCUUGUGUGCAAACAUGUAGCUUGCAUUUAAUAAAAAAAUGCACUUUA